AUGUACAUUCCAGUAUCAGAAUUAGUUAAGAUAAAAAAAGGCCAAACGCGCAAAGGAAGACAAGUUUAUUUGGGAGGUUAUGACAAAGAAGAAAAAGCAGCUAGGGCUUAUGAUUUAGCCGCACUCAAGUAUUGGGGAACCACCACUACUACUAACUUCCCCAUGAGCGAAUAUGAAAAAGAGGUAGAAGAGAUGAAACACAUGACAAGGCAAGAGUAUGUUGCCUCACUGCGCAGGAAAAGUAGUGGUUUCUCUCGUGGUGCAUCGAUUUAUCGUGGAGUAACAAGACAUCACCAACAUGGAAGAUGGCAAGCUAGGAUAGGAAGAGUCGCCGGUAACAAAGACCUCUACUUGGGAACUUUUGGCACACAAGAAGAAGCUGCAGAGGCAUACGACAUUGCGGCCAUCAAAUUCAGAGGAUUAACCGCAGUGACUAACUUCGACAUGAACAGAUACAACGUUAAAGCAAUCCUCGAAAGCCCUAGUCUUCCUAUUGGUAGCGCCGCAAAACGUCUCAAGGAGGCUAACCGUCCGGUUCCAAGUAUGAUGAUGAUCAGUAAUAACGUUUCAGAGAGUGAGAAUAGUGCUAGCGGUUGGCAAAACGCUGCGGUUCAGCAUCAUCAGGGAGUAGAUUUGAGCUUAUUGCACCAACAUCAAGAGAGGUACAAUGGUUAUUAUUACAAUGGAGGAAACUUGUCUUCGGAGAGUGCUAGGGCUUGUUUCAAACAAGAGGAUGAUCAACACCAUUUCUUGAGCAACACGCAGAGCCUCAUGACUAAUAUCGAUCAUCAAAGUUCUGUUUCGGAUGAUUCGGUUACUGUUUGUGGAAAUGUUGUUGGUUAUGGUGGUUAUCAAGGAUUUGCAGCCCCGGUUAACUGCGAUGCCUACGCUGCUAGUGAGUUUGAUUAUAACGCAAGAAACCAUUAUUACUUUGCUCAGCAGCAGCAGACCCAGCAGUCGCCAGGUGGAGAUUUUCCCGCGGCAAUGACGAAUAAUGUUGGCUCUAAUAUGUAUUACCAUGGGGAAGGUGGUGGAGAAGUUGCUCCAACAUUUACAGUUUGGAACGACAAUUAGAAAAAAUAGUUAAAGAUCUUUAGUUAUAUGCGUUGUUGUGUGCUGGUGAACAGUGUG